GGGAUAUUGAGUUUAGGCGUGUCGUCAGGGAACACAGGGUCAAUCCCUUGGAAACAGGUAACCAGCCGCCAUUCUCUUUUCCUUCGAGGUACUGACAAGUUGCCUCUGUCAUGGCUGAGCCGUCUUCUGGCGUUUGCACUAGCAGGAAGAAGUCCAAGAAAGCUGGCUCUAAGACUAAGGAGCAGAAGAUGCGAAAGCGAUGCCGAUGCCGCCACGACGGCUUCUCCAUCUUUAUUUACAGGGUCCUGAAGAAGGUUCACUCUGAACUCGGCAUUUCCCGGAAGGCCGUGGGCGUCAUAAAUUGCUUACUUAAAGACAUCUUCCAGCGCAUCGCAGAAGAGGCCACCCACCUGGCCGGUUACACCAGUCACUCGACCAUCAUCACGUCCAGAGCGAUCCAGACCGCCGCUCGCCUGCUGCUGCCCGGGGAGCUCGGCAAACUCGCCGUGUCCGAGGGCACCAAGGCCGUUUCUAGGUACAAAAGCCGCAAGUGA